AUGAUUGGCAUGAAUAUUAUAUCACUCGAUCUAAAUGAGCGAGACACGGCUGUAAUGGUUGCAAAUAGAAUUAUGUUUGAUAAAGGACAGGAAUUAUCAUUAGAACUACCAGAACUUAUUAAAACAGAUGAAAUUCAUCCCAGUGGGAUAACGUUAGCGAAUGUAAAUAGAUUGCAAUAUGUUUGGAGAAACAAAUUCACGAGUGUCAAAGUUGAAAACUUUUAUGAUGAGAACGACCGCCAUAUCGGUAAAGUGAACAUGAUGUUUCAAAAGGUUACUGCAGCGUGUGCACAGAUUACACCACUGAAAUCACAAGUAUUAGAAUUGCCGUAUGGAAUCGACGGUAAAUAUGCCAUGCUAUUGAUAAAGCCAUGGCCAAAGACAAAGGUGAACGAUGUCUUUCAAAAGAUGAUGACAUUCACGUAUGGACAAAUACUAAAUAUAUUAAAUAUACAGCCCCCUACAGUUGUUUACGUAAAACUACCAAGAUUCGAAAUAAACACAAAUUACGCCCUAAACGUACCGCUUAACAAAAUGGGUGUGUUUGAUUUGUUUGAGAAGGAGUUUUCAAAGUUCUACGGCGUUCCCUGGAAUAGUUUGUUUGUUCCGGCUAUCGUACAUCAUGUGUCUAUGGAGGUAAAUGAAGUUGGUUUACGUAGAGAUACGGUACAGCCGGCAAAUAGGACGGUGAUGUUCAACGCUACUAGGCCCUUUUUGUAUUUUGUCAUUGAAAAGACUACAGAUACAAUUGUUUUAGGUGGAGUCUAUUCGAAGCCAACGGUUUACUAA